CCAUGGCCAUACGAGCGUACUACUAUUGCAGCUCGACUAAUUAUUUGUACAGCGCACUGCUCUUUCAAGUUUCAGGAACCUCGAUGGUAUUCGAAUGACUGGGUUUCACUGGAGAUCAGCAGCUGGUCUCCUGAGGACGGGCAGAGCUUGGGCUGGAGUGUAUCGUCGACAGCUGAACACCACAGCCGUUCAUUGUUGCCAUAGCUCUAGCGCUUGGAGUCGCCAUAGCAACAAGAUGCGCAUUCAAAUCCUGUCGGCGUUGGAGGACAACUACAUGUACUUGCUGGUGGACGAGAGCUCUAAGCAAGCUGCCAUCGUCGAUCCCGUCAAUCCCGAGAAGGUUGUGGAUGCAGUCAAGCAGCUGAACGAUAUCCGACUGACGACAGUUCUGACAACGCAUCAUCACUGGGAUCACGCCGGGGGCAAUGAGAAGCUCGGCUCGUUGGUAGACGGCUUGACUGUGUACGGCGGUGAUGAGCGUAUACCCCGUGUCACGCACCGGCUGAAGAAUGGCGACACGUUCAAGAUUGGUGAAAUGAGCGUGCGUGCAAUGCACACGCCGUGCCACACGACCGGCCACAUCUGCUAUUACAUCACCUCACCAACACUGGACACGCCGGCCGUGUUUACCGGAGAUACUUUGUUCAUCGGCGGCUGUGGCAGGUUUUUCGAGGGCACUGCGGAGCAGAUGCAGGCGGCCUUGUCAUCCCUCGGUGCUCUAGACCCCAGUACUAAAGUCUACUGUGGUCAUGAGUACACGGUGAGCAAUCUGAAGUAUGCAGUGAACGUCGAACCGGACAAUCAGACAUUGAGGCAGAAACUCGCCGAAGCUGAGGCCGACAGGGCAGCAGGAAGACCCACCGUGCCCUCGGAUAUCCGUGGAGAGCUAGCAUUCAACCCAUUCAUGAGAACUAAUGUUGCAAGCGUACAGAAACACACCGGACGCAGUAACCCCGUCGACACGAUGGCAGCGUUGCGCGAAGAGAAGAACAGCUUCAAGCCGAAGCUCUGAGCAACAGACGGCGGCGAUAUCGACAGGUAGCAGCAAUCAAUGCCCGGUGACAAUACAGCUCACUGAGUGGACACUGAGUGGCAUGAUCACUGUUAUCUAUUGAGGUGUUGUGCGAUUAUGUCAUCAUUUGAGAUGUGUAUUAUGGAGGGCAAUACUGUGCUGUUGCAGCACAACUACAUGAGCACUGGUUUGCCACUCGCACUCGGACCAUAGAAUCAUGUGAUGAUGCCGUUUUCAUGAUGUUUGUAACAACGUGCACGUAUCCUGUGUGAGUGUGAGCUCUGCCGCAUUGGUUUACUGCACUAGUGCAACUUGUCAAAUAGAUGUACACGCUCAGCUGAGACUGAAACAGGGCAAAUGAAAUGUAGCAGUGCUGCGGCGUCUCUCCAUUUGCAAACGCAGCUGUGAUAUUCUAGCGACAUGUGCACUGCUCUCGAUUUCUUUGAUCCAACUCUCAAUCGCGCAGGCGCGUGCAUACACCCCAGCCUGGGUGCACACGUUGAUUAGUAUUUUUUAGUACUAGUAUUUUCUCUUCAUCCCAGCUGCAUUGUCACUUAUUCUCAAUCCGCUGCUUAUCCAUUGCAGCAGCCCCAUGCAUUGAACUCUCUGCGGCUGAUUUUAGAUUAUCCUUUCUGAGCCACUAGUUGAAUUGAAUUUUUGUUGAAUUGAAUUUGCUAUCUAGA